UUGGUGCGCAUAUAUGCAUGGUUCGAAGUUAUUGAGGACUGAAACAUGUCCUGCAUGUUAGGAAAAAGCAUAGUGAUCAAAUAUGGAAUAAGGAAACUAAAUAGUAGUAUUCGUGCUGCAAGUGAAGAUUUAAAUAGUUGCGCACAUCUAUGCGAAUCGUGCAACCGUCUUAAAUCUCACGUCUUUAGUCCUGGAAGCAAUACAACUGGCGCUGCCAGGCGCUUGUAUUCUUCUGCCCCUCAUCCAAAAUGUAAGAACUCUCCAUCAGUGGUAAAAGAAAAAUCCACACCAAAGGGAAAGUCACAGCGAGUCAAUGAACACGAAUCUGCAUCUGCGCUACAAAGAAGUGAAGGUUCUUCCACGCAGGGCAGCAGUGCUUAUAAUAAGCUACUGUCCUUGCUGGAUUGCAGGUUAGAGCAGCUGAUCUAUCAGGACGGCGAUUUGAAGACAUCUCUGCAGAGACAGCUGUGGCAGAAGCGGUCGUCGAAGGUACAGCAUACUCUUGCUCAGCUCAGUCGUCUCUAUGGAGAACAGCAGGUGACCACGCACGAGCAUGCAGAGGAGGAAAAAUGUGACGUCGCUCACAAAAAACCGCAGCAGAAGAAAGCGCGUGAACGUACGGACAAGGAGAAAUGCAGCGUCGUGCACGGGAAACGGCAGAAGGCAACUACGCGCGAGCGUACGGACGAGGAGAGACGCAGUGCCGGGAUCGAAAAACGGCAGAAGGUGACUACGCGCGAGCGUACAGAGGAGGAGAGGCGCGGUGCUGGGAUCGAAAAACGGCAGAAGGUGACUACACGCGCGAGCGUACGGAGGAGGAGAGACGCGGUGCCACGCAUGGCAAGCAUGAUGGCGGCUCACCUCGCACCGUGACCAUGGCUGCCACGGCGACCAGCGACGUCCAUCGGCACGGACAAUCGUCCGAUGCAGUCGCGCACGACGACGCGUAUCCGAUACACGCGGCGUCCGAGGACGACGCGAUUCGUCGGGCAGCGCCCACGAAGCGACUCGAUCUGAGCGUGCUGGGAUACGAUGAGUUCCGGUGCGAUGAGAUGGACGACUCGGUGGAGAACGAUCUGCGGCUGGGUGAGGCGGCUGAGGAGCGCGAUCACGAGCUACCUGCCGUAGUCGAACUGGGCUUCAACAAUAACCUGAAGGUUUACGUCGAUGCGUGCAUCAACACUAAGAUGUUGUCACGGGCUCAAACUACAGUACGUUUUUAUCAAAGAAGAGCAAUUAAACAUCCAAAGACAAACUGCAAGGUCUCUAAUGUGGAAAUCUUCAAUCUGCUUGGGCAUGCAUGGGCUAAAAAGGGCAACAUAGAGCGAAUCAAGGAGGUGUUUCGUAUGAUGCGUGAGGGAGGUGUGUUGCCAAAUCAUCAGUCGUAUGCGGCGGGUCUAGAGUGCCUAGCUAGGCAGGACAUGUUUGACUGCGACCUCGGAGAGAGAAUCCUCAGACAGAUGGAGAAAAAUGGUUUACAAGUUGAAGCUAUCUUUAACAAGUGUGUGUUCCAUGGGAGUGACAGAGAGAAGGUACAUGAGGCAAUACUUCGCAUUAGACCCGGUAUUGUGUUCAGCCUUCCGAAGGAAUAUGCGGGUUAUGCAACAAAGCUGCUCACCCAUCUUAAUGUGAAACAGAACAAGGUGUGGCAGGACACUCCGUACCUGCAGCUGUUUACGGCGGCUGGACUAGCGCGACAGGGACGCUUGCAGUAUGAGCACGAGGUCACCGGAGUGGUUGGGAUCGAGUCAGUCGAGAAGAGGCCGCCACCGGAUCGUCACACGCUGGAGAUGAGAAAGCUGCUUGCUGAGAAUCAGAUAAAGUGGAAGAAGGUGCUGCACACUGCCUUCGAUAGAAACACAAAAGUACUGAGCAAUAAGCUGUCAAACACGAAGGCCGUGAACAUACUGCCGUUCCUGCGUGUUCUCCGCACGGAGGAGUUCGUUGACGUCAUGUUACAGGAGGUUCGCACGCUCGCGGAGUCGUCAGAGACGUUCAGUGCCGCGAUGCAGACGCUGUAUCGUGGCAUGGGUCAGCGCGUGCUCAACCGCUACACAACACGCAGCAAGAUCAGCAGCGGCCUCGCAGCCAAGAUUCAGAAGUUGUAUGACGAGCACCUGCAAUAUUUCAUUGAUCCUGCGCUGACAAGUUCAAUGAAUCCAAGAGAGCACUGGCAAAAGUUGCUGGAUGCCACACCAGAGGGGCCCACAGUGGAUGUAGAGGACAGUGCAUGGCCAUACAAUGUGCUAAAUGGGGUGGGGAAGUUUCUAUAUGACAUCAUCAUUCAUGAGAUUAAGAUAGAUGUCAGUGCAUCUAGGGGCAAAGGACCAGGGAAACUACCGCAUAUGCAUGCCACUGGCCGUCUUUGA